AUGAUACCAGCGUGCGAUCGACGUGUUUGGAUUAUGUUUCUUUGGUAUCUUCUUUUGAAAUGCUCGUUACUGACACAUGUGAUUCCCAUCCCGGGUGCAUCGGGGACCUCGGUGGAAACCGCCAACAGCCCGCAGCUGGGCAGUGGAAGCAAUAUGGAGGAUCUGUACCACCGAAUACUAGAUGACAACGAAUUUAGUUUGCGCGAGAGCAGCCGAUUCAACCGACACAGUGAGGUGCGGGACCGGAAGCCCCCCGUGGCGGGCAACGAACCGCCCCGUAGCCACAUUCCCCGGGAUCCACCCCGGUGGCACGGUUCGACGGCGAGCCAGCGGGUAAACAAUGAUCGCCGGAUCAACUUAGAGCCUCCCCGGCCAGAGGGCGCUAGUGUAGGUAAUGUAAUGAAUGUUUUCGAAAGGCUGGAUGAGGACGAGGGUGACGGUGUGGCCGGCACGCCGAAGGAUCCACUGGAGGAGGAUAUGCACGAUCAGCGGGAGCUGUUCGAGCGCGAAGGGUUGGCGAGUGUGUUACGCGACUCGGAGGUGCCGCCGGAGCGACAUCGGAGUGGGACGGAGGACACGCACCAUCCGGCGUACAAGCGACAUCGACGUUCGUUGAUGCGUCGCAGGUCGAUACGGAUGAAGGAAGCCGAGGAGGAGGAAACGGCAGGAGCCGAUGCGGAAGGAGCGAAAGACCCUGAACCGAAUCGGAAUCCAUAUGUUGUAGAAAAUCCGACUCACUCUCCUGAUGACGAUCCCAAAAGCCAUCUCAGUGCGGAAGGUGCGAGUAAUUAUGGUAUCAAAAGUGAUUUUUCAUCGACACGGAACACACCGAGCGUCGUCCCAACGCCGGAAGCUGCGAUAGUUUUACAAAAUGUUAGCCUCGACGGGGCGCCGAACCGAGCUCACGAGGCAACAUCGGCGGUCGCGCCAACAACACCGCCUCAAAGGCGCCCCAGCGAGCAUCACCUUAGCGGAGCCGAUCCACAGCCAGCUGCCAUCGGGUUCGACAGUUUCAAUUUGCUAGAUGACAGUGUCUUCAUCGCGUCCGGCCGUAGCCAUCGGAACUCCAGCGACGUACGGACCGGUCGGUUACCCCCGCUCGGCACCGACCUGACGCUCGACGAGCAUGGGAACAUUUUCGGCGACGGUGUCGGCGAAAACUUUGACGAACAAAUUAUCUUUCUCAACGGACCGGAUCUGCUGGAGACGAGCGUCGAACAGCAGCAGAUGGUGUCCAAGUCGAAGGUGGCGCGGGAAGCGAUGGACGAGCCGCAGGCACUACCGCUCCGGCCCAUCAUUCGCGGCCCCUCGGAGGAGCACGUGGUGGAGGACAACGUGGUGGUGGUGUACGCCGACCAGCACGAGACGGUGCGGCUGAACUGCGAGGUCGACGCCGACAUAACGACGAGCGUGUGGCUCAAGGACGGCCAGAUAGUGCACGUGAUGGACAAGAAGUCACGCACCGCCGACAUCCGGUUCGUGCGCGAGCCGCUCGGCGGGCUCACCAUCCAGAACGUGAUGCUGGAGGACGACGGCGUGUGGCAGUGCGAGGCGGAGAACGCUCGCGGGUUCUUCUUCAAUGGCCGCCCGAUAAAGCUGAUUGUUCUAGAUCCACCGAAGGAGCCGUACCUGCUGAUCGAUUCCCGGCGGCUCGAUGCGGGCAACAUGUUCAUCCCGGUGAAGGAAAACUCCGAGCUGACGCUCGCCUGCGUCAGCGAGGGUGGCAACCCCAAACCGGCGCUCACCUGGGAGGUCCUGCUCAGUCCCGGCAUCGACCGGCACGCACAGAAAAUCUCCAGCGAAGUGCUCGAGCUGCAGGAGAUUAAGAAGGACAAGGACAAGGAACCGUACAAGAUCAACAGCGGGGCCAUCUCGGAGGUGAAGCUGCCGGGCGUCUUCCGGGUGCACCACAACGCCCGCAUCCUCUGCAUCAUGGAACAUCCGACGCUCAAAGUGCGCCAAAACGCAUCGAUUCUGCUCGAUGUGCAGUAUACGCCAUCGUUCGCCAUCACGAGAACGCCCGGGUUCGGUUAUCCGCUGCGGGAAGGGAUCGAAGUUUCGCUCAAGUGUGACGUCGACUCCAAUCCGCCCAGCACGCCCCUUUGGCAGAAGGACGACGGGGACACGCCGGUGCCGCAGAUCGGCGACGGGUUCCUCAACUUCAGCUCGAUCCGGCGCGAACAUUCCGGCUGGUACAAGUGCACCUCGAGGCAUCUCAAUUUCCAGUACUCGAGCAUCGGAUACUAUCUGAGCGUUCGCUAUGAACCAGUCGAUGUGACAUCGGAACCGGUCGAACACGAUCUCUCCAUGUCACCGUCAUCAUCUUCCUCCUCGUCCUCAUCAUCAUCGGCGGCGUCGUCCUCUUCGUCCGUCUCGCUUUCCUCGGCCGCCGCAUCCCCGAGUGGAGGAAACGCUGCCACCGGGUCUGCGGCCGCCUCAGAGCAGAGCGGUUCCAACUCCUUCAAGGCUGGCCAAAUGGAGGUCGAGCUUGGUGGCUCCGUCACUCUACAGUGUCCUCAAGGAUCGCUAGGUUGCUGGUCGCACUUGGAUCCGGUGACGGCACGAUUGAAAGGCCUUGGAGCAGGCAUUUAUACUCCGACGGGGCAGUUUUCACUGAAGGACGUCGUCUACCAGGACGCCGGCACGUACAAGUGCGUGGGUCAGAAUGCGAGCAAUCGCAAAAAACUCGAAGUCCUGCAAACCGUUUCAAUCGCUGUCAAAGGGGCUCCGAGUGUAAGUGCCAGGAAUACAACCCCCGUCGCCUAUCCCGGAUCACCGUUGCAUCUGUCCGUGGAGUUCUGUGCCAACCCUCCGGCUUAUGCGGCCCGCUGGCUACACGGCGAUCGUGUCUAUACGCCCGGCAAUCAGUACGGUUCGGACGUGCUGGCCUACGGGUUUAUCGAUCUGCCGACACCGUUCUGCAAGGAGGCACGUUUAACCUACGUGCACAUGCACGAGAAGGUUCCGCGGACGUUCUACUUCAUCGUAUCGUCGCCGGGCGGCGUCGCGGAGGCCGUCUUCCGAGUCAACUACACGCUGAAGCACAAGCAAAUCGGUUCCUCUUCGGGCGCAUCCGCUUCCGGAGCCGGCUCCGGCCCGUUCGGCAGCCCUCCCUUCUCGCUCUCGGCGUCCUCCUCCUCGUCCUCCUCGUCCGGGACGACGGUAAACGGGGGCAACUCGGGCUACAAGAUCAACACCAACACCAUCAACACGGUCCCGGGCAACGGGCUCGACGACGACGAGGAGCUGAUGGAGCCAGAAGAGAUUCAUUUUCCCAUCUUCGGCACCGGCGGGGUCGGCGGAAGUGCGAGCCGUCCGGGAUGGCUUCCGGUUUCCAUCGCGCUGACCGUUGGGUCCUGGGGCAUUGUUACGGUGUUCACGCUGGCCCGCAGCUGGACUCACUGUUAG